AUGAAGUGUAAUUCCGUCAAAUUCAAUAAAAUAAUGCAAAAUGACGGUUAUGAUUCAGAAUCAACCCUGAAAAAGAGGGGUUGUUUGGUUGUCGAGGACCCAAAGAGGUUCCCUCCACCAUAUAUUAAUCCUAUAUUGAGACUUGCUAUAUACAUUUAUAUGAUUCUUUUAACAGGUAAUUUUUUCCUGGGAUGGACGGGCUUGCAGGAACUUCUGUACAAGGCAGGUAGUUUUGAAGAGUUGUGCGAUGACUCCAACUCUGAAAUUAUCAGAAUUAGAUCAACAGAAGUUAUAGACUGCCCAGCCAGGAAGUUUUCAAUAAACCAACUGUACACUAUUCAGUUUUCCACAAACAUCUCAAUGUCCUUUUUGGUCGGUAUAUUUCUCGACACUUUCGGCCAAAAGUACACUUUUGUUACAGGACAAAUAAUAUCCUUCAUAUGCGUUCUAUUAGUUGGAAUCUUUACAAAAAAUGGGAUACUUUUGAGAAUAUUAUUUUUUAUACUAGGUGGUGUAACUGAAUCAGUAUAUCUCCCCCUCACAACAGUGUCAAAAUACUUUCCGAAGAAUAAUAACUUUGUAAUGGCUUUUUUGGGGUCAGUUAGAUCAUUAUCGUUUUUUAUGACGAGUAUUUUGUCGGCUAUAUAUUACAUGCCAAAUGUUAAGCGAGGUGCCUUGGUUUACAUUAUCUUGGGGUAUGGAAUCAUAUCGCACGUUGCUUCAGCCGUUAUUGGAAUUUUCAUAGUCCAAAAGGAUUUUUUCGGUAUUUCUAAUUCUAAAAAUGGCUCAAACUCAACAGAAAUGCUCACUGAUAAUUCCAAUAAAGGGGUUGAAGUUACUAGUGUCAGAGAAAAGAAUAGUACAAUCAAGAGGUUUAGGGGUUUCCUUAAUGGGUUGGUGGGAACUAUUAAGACGGGAGUACACCACGAGAUUUUCCCUCAAGUACUACUGUUCACAGUUGCAGUCUCACUGUUUGUCGCCUCCGUUGAGUUCAUAAGUAUGUCUCAGCGAGAAAUCCUCAGGACACCUACUGGAAAAUCAGCAAUUGGCAUCUUCAGAUUCACUUCAGCCCUGAUUUUCCUACCUGGACUUUUAGUUGGAUAUAUUUCUGAUACUUAUGGAACCCCUAAAGGGCUGUUACUAAUGCAAGUCUCCUUGAUGUUAACAUAUGUAUGUUUAAUGUUUAACACGUAUUGGGGGAAGAUAAUGGGAUGUAUUUUCCACUUAACGGGUGGUUCAUUGUUUUUUUCGAUAAUAUUCUUCUACGCAUACGAAAAUUUCCCACCACAGAGAUUGGGACUGGGGAUAGGAUUAAUCAUGUUAGUAUGUGGAAUCUUCGUGCUGAUCAACAUAGGAAUAUACAACGCUGCGCUGAAGUAUACCACGCCAGAUAACUUCUCAAUGGUCUCGAUUGUUCUAUUGGCGUAUCUCACGGUUUCAGUGGCUUCAAACUCAGGGGUAAUGUACCUCAAAAGGAAAAAAUCAAAGCAAAAACCAGAGACAAAUAAUUUAACUUUAUAA